AAACAUCUACCUUAAGCAUAUAAAAGAGAUUAUUUUACAAUAAUAUUCACAGCAGAAUCUUCACUACACGUCGUAAGAUGAAUUUAUUAUGGGGACUGUUAGUGUUGACUGCCUUUGUCAUAGCUGUGACCGAUGGUACUCCACUUGAAUCUGGAGAUGUGCAGGAGGCCGUUGCAAAAUACUUACCUAUAGAAGAACCUGAAAAGAGGGAAGACAAACCAGACUGCAUUCCAGAAGGAGGUGAAUGUGAAAUGUUAACGGGGCCCAACUGCUGUGGCAUAAGGUUGCGUUGCCACUAUAAGGACACCCAGAUACCAGGCAGUAUGAAUCCUUAUCAUUAUCGCCCCACAAUAUGGAUAAACAAAUGCCGUGAAUAUAGGAUAGGAAUAUGGUUUGACGAGAUUGGAAAUUGGUUCAGCAACUUGGGCUAAAUAUACAUAGCAUCCCAAUUUGAUUGUGAAUAAAGUACUUUAUAUUAACAAA